CUGCCUGCCUCUUCUUCCUUGGGAGCCGCUGGAGGUGGUAGUCGGUGGGCAGGGAAAGGGGCUUGCUGGGCGGCAGGAGAUCGCAAGGAGACGCCGGUUUGGGAUCGACUCCUUGAGUUUCUUUCAGCCAGAUCCGAACGGCGCGCGUCUUUACGCGCGGGGGAAGGGGGCGCUUCUGGAGCGCGCCGUUGCUUUGUAGAGAAAACCCGUUUCCUUGUUUUCGCACGGCGGCAGCUGAGCAACGAGCCGGCCCGGCACUCGGGGCUGUAGUAGAUGCCCGGGUGGCUGUUCAGGUUUCACCUGUUGGAUCGAACGCCGCAGCAGCUGCAUUCGGGCGAUGCUCUAAAUCAGGGGUCUCCAACCUUGGCAACUUGAAGACUUGUGGACUUCAACUCCCAGAGUUCCUCAGCCAGCAAAGCUGGGAGUUGGAGUCCGCAAGCCUUUAAGUUGCCAAGAUUGGAGACCCCCUGCUCUAAAUCUGUUUUGAGUUUUGUAAACUGGAUUAUUAUUAUUACUUUUUUGUUUUGUUUUGUCUGCAUCGGCGCGUUUCCGGGCCCCAUCGCUGGCACGACUCGGCUUGUUUCGCAAAGCAGGUGGAUGAACCUUGCUGACUUGGAUGUCCUAAAGGAUUUCCCUACUUGCAAAGCCCAGUAUGGAUGCUCAGCCUGUGGUUACGAGUGCAGGGUCUCUUUCUUACAUCGCUCAGACUGAUUUUCCAGUCCCGCUGAAAAAGUUUUAUCGGGGCGAACCUCUGGCACUGGGGAUCACACAGAUAUUCAUAGGAAUCAUACAAAUUAUUUUUGGGAUGCUGAUCAACUUAAUUAGUGGAGAUGAUAUUUUCUACCUUACUGUAUGGAUGCCCUAUUGGAGUGGAAUCUUGUACAUCAUCUCCGGAUCCUUAGCUGUGGCAGCUGCUUGGAAUCCCAGGAUCCGUCUGGUGCAAAGCAUGGUGGCCAUGAAUGUGUUAAGUACUGUAGCAGCUGGUUUGGGCCUGGCAUCCCUGUUUCUCAGCUUCAGUGUACUCUUUCAAUUCAAUUUGUCUUGGUACUGCUAUACCCUUGAAAAAGAAAUUCAGGAAAAGUGUAAUCCAAUCCAGAAUAUCGGCAGAGGAAUACUGAUUGUUCUUACUCUGUUCACCGCCCUGGAGUUUUGCAUCACCAUCUCAGUUGCGUCUUUUGGAUGUAAGAUGGUUUGCCGAGAUACCUUCCCUGAAAACGUUGUGGUCAUUUAUCAGAAUGUGUCUCCUGCCAGUGCCGAACAACGUCCCGACCUCGACUGUAAAGAGGCAGCAAUUCAGCCCUGAUUUGCUUUCCUUUCCUAGCAGCUAUUCUGGAGUACAUUCACCUCCUGCAUCUUGAAGCCUUAAAUUUUUUUUUUUUUAAGGAAUUGCAUCAGGGGUGCUAUUCAGCAAGUUCUGGAGAAUCGGUAGCGGAAAUUUUGAGUAGUUCAGAGAACCCGGCAAAUACCAUCUCUGGCUGGCCCCAAAGUGGGGUGGGAAUGGGGAUUUUUGCAGUAUCCUUCUCCUGCCAUACCCACCAAGCCAUGCCCACAGAACUGGUAGUAAGAAAAAAACGGAAUUCCAUCACUGAAUUGCACGGAAGUUUUUAAUCAGUGGAACAUAAAGGCUUUUAAUGGACUAAGAAAAGGAUCAUAUAUAAAAGAUCUUGUCAAGGUUCGUUGUUGCUGGUUAAAAUAUCUCCUUAGGAGGGGGUCGGCUGAGCCGUGGUGGUGCAGUGGUUAGAAUGCAGUACUGCUGACUGCCGGCUGCCUGCAAUUUGGCAGUUCGAAUCUCACCAGGCUCAAGGUUGACUCCGCCUUCCAUCCUUCCGAGGUGGGUAAAAUGAGGACCCAGAUUGCUGCGGGCCGUAGGCUGACUCUGUAAACUGCUUGGAGAAGGUAAAGUCUAAACGCUAUUGCUAUUGCACCAAGUUAUGGUUUGCUGUUGGAAAAUAUGUACAGGUAGUCCUCGACCUAUGACCACAAUUGAGCCCAAAAUUUAUGUUGCUCAGUGAGACAUUUGUUAAGUGAAUUUUGUCCCAUUUUAUGACCUUUCUUGCCCUGGUUGUUAAACGAAUCACUGUGACGGUUAAAUUAGUAAAUAGGUUGUUAAGCGAAUCUGGCUUUCCCGUUGACUUUGCUUGCCAGAAGGUCACAAAAGUUGACCACGCGACCCUGGGACACUGCAACCGUCAUAAAUAUGAACUAGUCGCUAAGUGACCGUGAAGAUCCUGCAAUGGUCGUAAGUGUGAAAAAUGGUCAUUUUUCUUCCACAGCUCUUGUCACUGCGAAUGGCCGCUAAACGAACUGUUGUAAGUCGAGGACUAUCUGUAGUAGGCUGGGUUUACACAGCGUGUUAUGGAUGCACUAUAGUUUCCUCAUUGCAAUGGUUGUGUCACAGAUUAAGGAGAAGUCCAAAGCUCAACUCAACAGAGUUUAGCCAAAUGCUUUUUUUUUGCACCCAGCUGCAUUCAUACAACAAAUUACGCUGGUUGCGUGAAACAGCUAAUGUUGUGUCUUGCCCGCUCUCACAGCAGCCGGGGCCUUCUUAUCUGCUCCCGAACACGGAGGAAUGUAUGCCUCCCGGCCCCAGUCCUGGCUCCAUGCCCAGACAAGCUGAAGAGGAGGGGGCACCUCCCGGUCCCAGCCCUGGCUCCAUGCCCAAGCAGGCUGCAGAGGAGGGAGCAUCCCCCGGCCCCAGCCCUGGCUCCAUGCCCAGGCAAACGGAGCAGCUAGACCCCUCCCCCUCCUCCACAGCAUGUGAGCCUGAGGAAGGUUUAUUUCCAACAGCUGCUGAUUGGAGUGACCCUCGCAUCAGAAGACUGGAUAGGCGGAGGCAACAGAAGGAAGGGAGGGGCAGGCCUUAAUGAGUGCUGAGUCAUGGAGCCACGCCCCAUGGCCUAUAUAAAGGAUCUGCUUUCUGGCAGUCUCUGAGUCAGGCAAAGUCGAACUUAUCUUGCUGAAGUCACUUUCUGGUCUCCUGCCUGCUCUGAGGACUUUGCUAGGACUUUGGGCAGAGCUGCAGAGGCAAGCCUGAUUUGGAUUUCCCUGACCCGGCCGUCAGCGGAGGAGUGGGACACGACAGCUAAUGCUUGCAACACGUUCCAGAAAUUGAUGGUUGGGCUGUAACAGGAAUUGUUAAAAAAAAAAAAAAGGCUCAGCAGCCAUAAAGUCCCAUGAAAACUAAACAACCAAAUCUGUAGCCAUAAUUUAAAUUUAUAGCCAGUUUGAUCUAGUGCCGAUAUGGCACGCGUAGCCAUAUCAGUGGGCAGACGAGCUCAGGAGGGCCUCCGGGGGUGUGUGGGGAAGGCUGUUUUCACCCUCCCCAGACUCCUAGAAAGGCUCUGGAGGCUGGGGAGAGGAAAAAACUGGUCUACCGUGCCAUCGUGUGCCAGGAGCGUGGGGAGUGUGUGUGGGGGUGUUGUACGAGCAUACACGGGGGAAGAAUUAUGGGUGUGGGCAUGCGCGCGGGCAACUCCCCCCUCCCCCGCUCAUGGCAUGUGAUGGCAAAAAGGUUAGCCAUCACUGAUCUAGUGGUUAAGGUACCAGGCUAAGGUACCAGGCUAGAAACCAGGAGACUGUGAGUUCUAGUCUCACCUUAUGAAGGAAAGCCAGCUAGGUGAUUUUGGGCCAGUCCCUCUCUCAGUCCAACUCACCUCACAGGGUUGUUGUUGUGGGGUAAACAGGAUGAAGAAGGAGUAUUAGGCAUGUUUGCUGCCUUAAGUUAUUUAUGAAAAUAAUAAAGACAGGAUAUAAAUGCAUAUCUUGGAAGAUAAGCUUGUUCCCUGCCACUUGACUUUCUAUCAGAUUGCCUGUCGUGUCCCCCUCCUCCUCCGACGACCGGGUCUGGGAAGUCUGUAUCAAGCGUGGCCACGAAGCCUCUGCAGCUUUGCCAAAUUCCUUUCAGAUUUCUCAGGCA